GGUGUCCUCAGGCUAGCCGUACAUGACUCGCGUAUGGCUAGAACUUUUGGUUAGCAUGUUAUGGUCACUUCCUUUUGGAAUGUUUGGUAUAGAAGGCAUAUUAAUUUAUCUUAUUCAAAAUGUAUUUGUAGUAAAAGAUGCCAAAUUGCCAACUGUUAUUAGGUUUUAUUUACACAGAAUUGAUAUGAAACUUUCAUCAAAAAUAUGUUUCAAAUGAUUGACUGAAAAUUAUUUAAGAUACUGACAUUUUACACUGGCAGAAUAAUGAGAAUUUGUUCCACUCCAAAACACAUUGAGACAUGUUUCACUCCUAAUUUCGUUCCUCAACAGUUUUGAUCAAUCAUUUCAAAUAUCAAUUCAAACAAAUUUCUAUUCAAAAGCUUUAUUAAUUUUAGUCAUUAAUAAAUUUUGAUUAAAGUUUACCAUAAUCUUAUCAUUUAAUGAAGAAACAACUAAUUGCUAACAUGACCCUUAAGUUUUGUUUGGAUUUACUUAGUAAGAAUUUUCUGCAAGAUGAUAUCGGUUUUUAAUUUAUUGAUUGUAUUUACAGAUGAAGAGCAAAGUUUAGUCAAAUUUGCAACCAAGGCCUACUCUUCUCUUAUCAAAGGGAAAGUCCAUGCAGGCCAUGAUGUGCCUGAAGAAAUAUUUGAUUUUCAAGCAGGAACCAAGAAGUCUGCUAAGAGAGAAGGAACAAAAACAGAAAGGCUGCUAGCCAGUGAGCAGCAAGAGAAUGAACUGAGUCCAAAAAAGAAGAAAAAACAAAAUAGUAAAUCUGAAGCAAUACAGCAAAAAGGAACCAGUACUGAGCAUCAAGAUUGUGAAUCUAUCAGUACAAAAUUGCCUAAAACAAUCAUUCAAACUGUGUCUCAGAAAUCAGUCAGAGGUGCAAGAAAAUGAACCUAGUUCUGAAAAGAUGAAGAAAAGUAAGUCUAAAGCAAUGCUGCCUAAGGUUCCAAAAACAGUGCCAGAAACACCAAAUAUACAUUCUAGUAGAUUAAUAUUUAAGCUUUACAGUUAAUUUACUGGAGAACAGCUGCCCGGGGCCAACGCCAUCAUAGAUGAAUCCAAGUCAUCUGAAGAGCAGAGUGCAACAGCCAACCGAGACAUGAUAGAAGUGCAAAGUGGCUCUCAAAAAACUUUACCAAAACAACUAAAGACAGUUGGAAGACAACAGGACACAAACACAAUUACAGAAAAACUGAACUCAGACAACUACAUAUCUGCGCAAGAAAACAAAGUCAUAAGAAAUCAGCAGAAAUCAGAAAAAAACAUGUUGAAACAUCAGAAUGCAAUGGGGAAAGAGGAAAUGGAGGAGAGUCUUGCCUUACAUCAUGUACAACAGGAUUCAGAAGAAAAUGUUGUACAUGACCUGGACAAAAGAAUUGUCACUGAAGCUCCAGUCAGAACUAGUGAGAGGCAAGAUUGUGCUGCAAUAAAUGUGACCAAUCCAUUCAAUUACUCAGCUGACAAUGUUCAUGUUUUAAGAGAACCUAACGAAAACACAUGUACUAUUGAUGAACCUAAUAUGUCUCUAAGCAAUACAUGGCAGGCAUGUCAGACUGCAAUGAGGGCCGUUGGUGGCCAUACAACAGAUUCAAGAAUAACAGCUCCUUCUCCUGUGGAUCUGCAGACGUUACUGUCCAUAUGUAACCCAGAAUUCAUUGCCUUUGUGCAGAAUAUGCUUCAGCAUAUAAAUAAUGCGGAAGGAUGUGACUAUCCUUGCUUCCAGUCACUUCACCAUUUGAUAUUGAUGGCCAUUCAGACCCAAAUCAAUCAUACAUCGAUAUGAUGGAGUCAGAUACCAGUAACCUUGAACAAUGCUUGAAUGAAAUGAGCACUGAGCAUUUCCAUCUUUUGCAACCACAUCCUACAGCUACCAGCACUCCAGCUAAGCCUAGACAUAUUCCAGAUACUGCCACAAAAUCAUACGAUUGUAUAUCACCUGGAAAUGAACAGAAACUUAGACGAUCACCAAGGAAAAAGCAACAAAAACAGCCAGAUCCAAUAGACAUGGUUCGGCUUUUGGAAUCUAGUAGCUUGAUGGUGGAUAGAAGUCUCAUUGCGGAAAGCCUGCAAUGCUGCAAAAUCAAAAACUGGAAAGGAUGGGUACAUCCUGAUGUACCGUUUAUUAGGAACUGUCUUUUCAGUGAAUGAAAUGGCCAUUUCAUGGGGUCAAGGCAUUGGUAAUAGAAAGGAUGAAGAUUUAAGCAGGCCAGUUCUAGAUCGAGCAAAGAUCAAGGUCUUAAAAGAUUAUGUGGUUACCUGGUGCAAGUCGGAAGGAAGGAAAAACCGCUGGAAGUAAGAUCUAAAUACAGCAGUAACUGAGAGAAUUGCGUAUGCUAGAAAGCAAAAUAAGAAAUGACAGUUUCAUAUUAAACGGAUUUAUAAGUGUUAAUAAUGAGAGAACAUAAAAAGAAAUUUGUGACCUGUGAUUUGAAAGACAGUAAAAAAAAAAUCUCUGGAUAGUUUCACCUCUUGAACAUUAGUCAUUGCUUGUACAUACUAACACAACUAUUUUUUUUUACAAAAUGAAUAUGCAUGUUUCUACUAUACUGGUAACUUUCAUUAAAACAAAUACAAUUUUGAAAUCUUUAAAUAUGUGUUUGUCA